CAGCGCAGGCAUUCAAACAAAAGCUUACACCGUCCUCAAAUGACGGGAAGAACGCUGGGCUGGGACAUCACAAGCGGAGAUCCGGGAGCGCGAAUUCAAAGAAAUUGGACCAUCGAGUGCAUAAGAACACGCGCCGCGAUAAGCCUUUCAGUGAAGCAGCGUCUCAAGCGCGCGAGGGCGGUUAGCAGGGCGAAGGAGACUGCGUCACUUGUAGCUCGUCGAAGACGGAUGCAAUGUCAAAGCAACAAGCGGCCUCUUCGACGGCCAUCCCUGGUGCCGGAACUAAUGGCAGGCCGGUAGUUUUCCUCGACAUCUCCAUUGGUGAUAUCCCGGCUGGUAGGGUCACCAUCGAGCUCUUUAGCGAUGUCGCUCCUAAGACUUCAGAGAAUUUCAGGCAACUCUGCACCGGUGAACACAGAGUAAACCAUAAGCCAAUGGGUUACAAAGGUUCCGUGUUCCACAGAGUUAUCAAGGAUUUCAUGGCACAAGGCGGAGACUUUAUCAAUGGCGAUGGAACGGGUAGUUUCAGCAUCUAUGGUGAAAAAUUUGACGACGAGAAUUUCCAGGAGAAGCACACAGGGCCUGGCUUGCUUAGCAUGGCCAAUUCUGGAUCCAAUACGAACGGUUGCCAAUUCUUCAUCACAUGUGCGCCGUGCGAUUUCUUGGAUGGCAAACACACCGUUUUCGGGCGUGUAAUCGACGGCAUGCUCACCGUUCGCAAGAUCGAGAAUGUCUCGACUGGGCAAAAUAAUAGACCCAGGCAGGCGGUGCGCGUUACGGAGUGUGGUGAAAUGUAACAUAUAGAAAAUGAACAAUAAGCGCAAAGCAAUGAG